GACUCUCUGAGAAGCUCGAGCGCGGCCGAGCAGGAGAGAGUGGCGGUGAAUGUGUCUGCGGCAGCGUUUAGCGUUUAAAAAACAUAAACUACAGCCGAAGAAGAGAGGACCAAACCCCGCUGCAGCUCGAGACGACCUCGGCAGACCAUGGACUAUGAUAAAUUUUAGACAGAGGCUGGUAACGGCGGGCUGUUUUGACGACAAGCGGCUUAUUGAACAUCUGUAGAGCAUAAUGAGGGCGUCCGCUAUUCUUUACGGUGGUUUUUCCUCCGAGGUUUAGUCAGACGCAGAGUGACACUAUUUAUAAAUGCGUCGCUUUUAGACAUCCUCUCAAGGAAUAGACACACCGAGGGGGACACAGCCUGCAGAAAUUUAGCUAAUUCCCCCCCCUCUCAUGGCCCCUGGGGAACAGUGAAGUCAUUUGAGAAGUCACACGUCUUAAUCAUCUCGAUAGUUUUGCGAGGAAAAAUCGGCUUUCCCCUCCAUCAUCCACCAGACUCCCCCCUCCACCACCACCACCACUACUGCUUUCUAUCUGUUUUUGUUUUUUUUGUUUUUGUUGUUGUUUUUUUUUAAUCUUACAUGGUUUUGUCCUUCUGAGCAUUUAUCGCCAACCCUCCCGUGGGCAUUCUCUCCGUUAAAGGAUGCCGGAUCAAAUAUCGGUGUCCGAGUUUCUCUCGGAGACAACAGAGGAUUACAAUUCCCCGACAACAUCCAGCUUCACCACCCGACUGCAGAGCUGCAGGAACACAGUGAAUGUGCUGGAGGAGGCGUUGGACCAGGACCGAACCUCCCUGCAGAAGGUGAAGAAGUCAGUCAAGGCCAUCUACAGUUCAGGACAAGAUCAUGUGCAAAAUGAAGAGAACUAUGCCCAGGCUCUGGACAAAUUUGGCAGUAACUUCAUCAGUCGGGACAACCCCGACCUGGGAACGGCCUUCGUCAAGUUCUCCUCCCUCACCAAGGAGCUGUCUGCCCUGUUGAAGAACCUGCUUCAGAGCCUCAGUCACAAUGUGAUCUUCACCCUGGACUCGCUGCUGAAGGGCGAUUUAAAAGGCGUGAAAGGGGACAUAAAGAAACCCUUUGACAAAGCAUGGAAAGACUACGAGGCCAAGUUUACAAAAAUAGAGAAGGAGAAACGGGAGCACGCCAAGCAACACGGGAUGAUCCGCACUGAGAUCACCGGGGCCGAGAUCGCCGAGGAGAUGGAGAAAGAGCGGCGUCUGUUCCAGCUCCAGAUGUGUGAGUACCUGAUCAAAGUAAAUGAGAUCAAGACCAAGAAGGGAGUGGACCUUCUCCAGAACCUGAUUAAGUAUUACCACGCACAGUGCAAUUUCUUCCAGGAUGGCUUGAAGACAGCCGAUAAGCUGAAGCAGUACAUUGAGAAGCUGGCAGCUGAUCUCUACAAUAUCAAACAAACUCAGGAUGAGGAGAAGAAGCAGCUGACUGCCCUGCGGGAUCUGAUCAAGUCCUCCCUCCAGCUGGACCAGAAGGAGGACUCGCAGAGUAAGCAGGGUGGCUACAGCAUGCACCAGCUGCAGGGAAACAAGGAGUUUGGCAGUGAGAAGAAAGGGUACUUGCUGAAGAAGAGUGAUGGGCUGAGGAAGGUGUGGCAGAGGAGGCAGUGCUCAGUGAAGGGGGGCAUCCUCACCAUCUCUCAUGCCACAUCCAACAGGCAGCCGGUCAAACUCAACCUGCUCACCUGUCAGGUGAAGCCGAGCGCCGAGGACAGGAAGUGCUUCGAUCUAAUUUCUCAUAACCGGACAUAUCAUUUCCAAGCUGAGGAUGAACAAGAGUUUGUCAUCUGGAUCUCAGUGCUGACCAACAGUAAGGAGGAGGCGUUGAACAUGGCAUUUCGUGGCGAGCAGACCAGCGGAGGUGAGGACGGUUUGGAGGACCUGACUAAAGCCAUCAUAGAAGACGUGCUGCGCAUGCCGGGCAACGAAGUCUGCUGCGACUGCGGAGCCGCAGACCCUAAGUGGCUGUCCACCAACCUGGGGAUCCUGACCUGCAUCGAGUGCUCCGGCAUCCACCGAGAGAUGGGGGUCCACAUCUCCCGCAUCCAGUCCAUGGAGCUCGACAAGCUGGGAACCUCAGAACUCUUGCUGGCCAAGAAUGUAGGGAACAGUAGUUUCAAUGAGAUCAUGGAGGGAAACCUUCCCUCCCCUUCACCAAAGCCCACUCCCUCCAGUGACAUGACUGUGAGGAAGGAGUUCAUCAACGCUAAAUAUGUGGACCACAAGUACGCAAGGAAGACGUGCACGUCUGCGGCAGCUAAAAUGAUCGAGCUAUUCGAGGCAGUCCAGUCCAGAGACCUGCUGGCCCUCAUCCAGGUUUACGCAGAGGGGGUGGAACUUAUGGAGCCCCUUCCAGAGGCGGGGCCGGAAGCUGGAGAGACAGCACUGCACUACUCUGUACGGACUGCUGACCAGACCUCACUGCACUUGGUGGACUUUCUUGUGCAGAACAGCGGAAACCUGGAUAAGCAGACGGAGUGGGGGAAUACUGCCCUGCAUUACUGCUGCAUGUACGAGAAGCCCGAGUGCCUCAAGUUACUCCUGAGGGGCAAGCCGGCCACUGACAUCCCCAAUCAGAACGGAGAGACGGCGCUGGAUGUUGCCAGGCGACUGAGGAACACUCAGUGCGAGGAGGCACUUGUGCAGGCUGCAGAGGGGAAAUUCAACCCUCACAUCCAUGUGGAGUAUGAGUGGAGCCUCAGACUGGAGGAGAUGGACGAGAGCGAUGACGAUCUUGACGAUAAGCCCAGUCCCAUCAAGAAGGACCGCUCCCCGAGGCCUCAGAGCUUCUGCCACUCCUCCAGCCUCUCCCCUCACGACAAGCUCUCCCUGCCGGGCUUCAUCAGCCAAAGGGACAAGCAGCAGCGUCUGUCCUACAGCGCCUUCACCAACCAGAUGUACAGCGCGUCCACAGACCUCUCCUCCUCCCCCGUGGCCGACGGACCGCCGCUGCCACCCAGGAACCAGGGCAAAGCUCCUCCCCCAUCUGGCCCUCCCUCUACACUCACAACAGGAGGCAGCUCCACCCUGUCCAAGAAGAGGCCUCCGCCCCCCCCUCCUGGACACAAACGCACCCUGUCUGACCCACCCAGCCCGCUCUCUCACAGUCCACACAGUAAAGGGGGCUUGACUGGGGGAAGCGACUCCACCCCUCCUCCCGUCAGCAAGAUGUCUCCGGUAUCUAACAAGUUUGAAGGCAUUCCUCAGCAGCAAAGCACUACUUCAAGCAACACAAAGUCUACACUUGGUCCAAGGGUUCUUCCCAAACUACCUCAGAAAGUGGCAUUGCGGAAGAUCGACACCAUACACCACCCCUCUAUGGAUAAGCCCAGCCUUCCUCCAGAGGUCUUCCAGAAGUCCCCGCCGGGAACCGAAACCCCUCAGAAGGCUCCUCUGGUGGACAGGCCUCAGCUGGGAGACCUGCCCCCCAAGCCGCAGCCGUCUGAUCUCCCCCCUAAACCCGGAGAACUUCCUCCGAAGCCGCAGCUCUCUGACCUCCCUCCUAAACCUCAGCUGGGGGACCUCCCGCCCAAACCCCAGCUCAAAGACCUCCCUCCGAAGCCUCACCUCGCCGACAUCCCCCCCAAACCCGGGACAGCCGAGUCCGUUCCCAGACCGCCUCCUGGAGAGACGGCGCCGAAGCCUCAGACGCAACCUCCGCCUCCACCUCAACCACAGCCUCAGCCUCAGCCUCAACCUCAAGACUCGCCGUCACCUAAUCAGCAAGCGAAUAUAGUGGCCCCCUCUCAACAAGCCGCUGAGGACACCAACGGGACCCCGGCGGGAACUGCAGAGACCCCUGUGCCCCUCCCGAGGAAGAUCAACACGGGGAAGAGCAAAGCCCGCCGGGUGAAGACGAUCUACGACUGCCAGGCUGACAAUGAUGACGAACUAACAUUUGUUGAAGGAGAGGUGAUAAUAGUUACAGGAGAGGAGGACCAGGAGUGGUGGAUCGGGCACAUUGAAGGAGAUCCGGAAAGAAAAGGGGUGUUCCCCAUGUCUUUUGUGCACAUCCUGAGUGACUGACAGCCAGAAAGACUUGCACUACGCCUCUCCCUAAACUGGGAGCUCCUGUAAAUAGCUAUCAAAACACCUCUUGUCACAUGACAAGUGUCCUAAAAGAAAAAAAAAACAAAAAAAAAAACAAAGAAACAACCCAAGAAGGCUCAUCUAGCCAUGGAUGCCUCAUCCAUGCUGUACAAAGAAUGUGUGUAUUCUUCCUCUACCAGUAUUAUCUUAACCCUAUAGCACGGCUGUGACGAAGCCACUCUCAAAACCCUAGCACUUACCUAAAGUCUAUGUUUAUGCUGUUACUGUGUAUAUAUGUAUGUAAAUAUAUAUAUUUGUGUGUGAGUGUAUAUACAUGUUUUAUUGUACAAAACAUGUACCAUUGCUCUCUACCUGUCAGAUUAAAACAUCAGGGCAGUAGAGGAUGAAUUUUAUCUGUAUUAAUUUUACUGGCCCUCAAGUAAUUAUCAGCUUAUAUUUCUGGAAAAAGGACAAAUAAGAAAAAGGAAUGUGAAAUAGGUCAUGUCACUAUUUGUGUCUUGCAUCCCUGUUUACCACCAUAAUUGACUGAAGAGGCAGGAGUCUCCCACUAAUCUUCCCGAGAUGAAAAGAAUUUCAUUAAAUGUACUCCUUGUUCUUGCUUGCUUUUGUGUGUACACGUAUUAUGGUUGUUUUACAGUAUAGAAACCUGCUGCUACUGUGUGGUGGAAUAGCAAAGCCUGUGGUUCACUGUUGGUCACUAAUUUACUCCUUGUUACACUGUUCACUGUAUGUAUGCUCUGUGUGUGAACUCGACGCCAUCUCCACAGUCCUUUGACCUUUUUCUGUGCAUGGUGUAACAAUGACUGGAAUUGAGUGGAGUGCUGCGUUCAAGACGCUCACCUCAGGGGUUUGAAGAGCCACUAUAAAAGCAGGACUACACAAAAGGUAUCCUGUUGUUAAAGCCACUAUUAAUGACAAGUACGGGGAAACUUAACGAGGACAUCUUAGCAAUAACUUGAUUUUUCUGACAGGCUGGAAGUUUCACAACAACCUGUGUUCACAGAUUCAGUGUCUUGUAAAACCUCAUGAGCUUGAAUUUUUUUUUUUUUUUUUUAGUUUGAGUCAUG